AUGAAUCUACGUUCUGUAUUUACUGUAGAACAACAAAGGAUUUUACAGCGUUAUUAUGAAAAUGGAAUGACAAAUCAAAGUAAAAAUUGCUUUCAGCUCAUAUUACAGUGUGCACAGGAGACUAAGCUGGACUUCAGUGUAGUCAGGACGUGGGUUGGCAAUAAGCGAAGAAAAAUGAGUAGUAAAAACUCUGAAUCAGGAACAGCAGGAACUGUUUCUGGUACCCCAUUGGCAGCUCCAGACAUUACAGUCAGAAAUGUGGUUAAUAUUGCCCGGCCUUCAAGCCAGCAAUCUUCUUGGACUUCUACCAAUAAUGAUGUCAUUUUAACUGGUAUAUACAGUCCAGCAAGCUCAUCGAGUAAGCAAGGGACAACAAAGAAUACAAAUACACAAAUUACAGAAGCACAUAAAACUCCUCUUCAGAAACCAGCCAGUAAAAAUGACACUGAAUUUCAAUUGCACAUUCCUGUUCAAAGACAAGUAGCACACUGCAAAAAUGCUUCUGUGCUCCUAGGGGAAAAGACAAUUAUUUUGUCAAGACAGACAAGCGUACUAAAUGCUGGAAACUCAGUGUACAACCACACAAAGAAAAACUAUGGAAGCUCUGCGGUGCAAGCUUCUGAAAUGACAGUACCUCAAAAGCCAUCUGUGUGCCACCGACCUUGCAAAAUUGAACCAGUUGGCAUUCAAAGGUCAUAUAAACCUGAACAUGCAGGUCUGGCAUCACAUAACUUAUGUGGGCAAAAGCCAACUGUUAGAGACCCUUAUUGUAGAACACAAAACUUGGAAAUUCGUGAAGUGUUUUCAUUGGCAGUCAGUGAUUACCCUCAGAGAAUUCUGGGAGGAAAUACAACACAGAAGCCUGGUUCGGCAGAAGGAACUUGUUUGUCCAUUGCGAUGGAGACUGGCGAUGCAGAGGAUGAGUAUGCUAGAGAAGAAGAGUUGGCAUCAAUGGGAGCACAGAUAACAAGCUACUCAAGAUUUUAUGAAAGUGGCAAUUCUCUUCGAGCUGAGAACCAAAGUACAAGUUUGCCUGGACCAGGAAGAAACCUGCCAAAUUCACAAAUAGUGAAUAUUAGAGAUUUGUCAGACAAUGUACUAUAUCAAAAUAGAGACUACCAUUUGACACCACGGACCUCAUUGCAUACAGCACCUAGUACUAUGUACAGUAAUACUAAUCCAUCCCGGAGUAAUUUUUCUCCACAUUUUGUAUCAUCAAACCAAUUGAGGUUAUCACAAAACCAAAAUAACUACCAGAUUUCAGGAACCCUUACUGUGCCUUGGAUUACAGGGUGUUCUAGGAAAAGAGCACUCCAGGACCGUACUCAGUUCAGUGACAGAGACUUGGCUACCCUUAAGAAGUACUGGGACAAUGGUAUGACCAGCCUGGGCUCUGUAUGUAGAGAGAAGAUUGAAGCUGUUGCGACUGAAUUAAAUGUUGACUGCGAAAUAGUUCGGACUUGGAUUGGGAAUCGAAGAAGAAAAUAUCGUUUAAUGGGAAUUGAAGUUCCACCUCCAAGAGGAGGCCCUGCUGAUUUUUCUGAGCAGCCUGAGUCUGGUUCUUUGUCUGCACUCACACCAGGAGAGGAAGCUGGGCAUGAAGUAGGAGAGGAUAAUGACAGAAAUGAUGAAGUGUCCAUCUGUUUGUCCGAAGCAAGCUCUCAAGAGGAGCCCAGUGACAUCAUCCCUGAUGAGACCAGGACGCAGAAGGAUGAAGAGCACCAGGCAGUAUCUGCAGAUAAUGUGAAAAUAGAAAUUAUCGAUGAUGAAGAAAGUGACAUGAUAAGCAAUUCCGAGGUAGAACAAGUGAAUUCUCUCCUGGAUUAUAAGAAUGAAGAAGUCAGAUUCAUUGAAAAUGAGCUUGAGAUUCAAAAACAAAAGUACUUUAAGCUUCAGACUUUUGUUAGAAACCUGAUUCUGGCUAUGAAAACUGAUGAUAAGGAACAACAGCAGGCACUGCUGUCAGAUUUACCUCCUGAAUUAGAAGAGAUGGAUUUCAGUCACGCCUCACCGGAUCCUGAUGAUACCUCAUACAGUGUGUCUUCGUUAUCAGAGAAAAAUGCCUCGGACAGUUUGUGAUUGGGGGUGGGGGAUAUGAUGUAUUCUGUUGGUUGCCUAACAGGUGUGCAUUUCAAGAUAACUAUAUUUUUCCCCAAUAAUCUUCAACUGGAAAAACACAUUGUUAAAACAGGCAUAUUCUGUGAAGGAAGGACAAGAAAUAAUGGCUACAAUAAAAAUGCAUGUCAAAUGUAAAAAUACUUGAAAUGUGUUUUUAAAACUUCUACAAAAUCCUAGAAAAAAUAUAUUUAAUUUUAAGCAAUUCAGCCAUGAAAUCUAUUAUAUCUGAUUUUCGAAAGAUUUUUUGCUUAUUCUUUAAGAAGAAUCUUAGUAGUAGUUUCAACCAGAGACAUAAAAAUAAUCAUAUUUCAACAUUACUGGGUUGCUAAAGCUUUAUUAGUCUUACUUUUGUAGCCAUUGCAGUUUCCUUCUCCUCUCAUUUUCUUAUCAUCCAUAUACAUUUGUACUCAGGAAAGUGGGCUGAAAAUUAAAAAACAAAACCUAAAUGUAUGUUUAACCUAGAUGAAUUCUGGGAUUUAUUUUCAACUCCUAUGAGAAUUUGACCUAAGAUAAUGGUUAGAAAUUGAAGCAAUUUCUAGAAUGUAAUUUGAGUUUUUGGUAUUCUUCUGUCUAACCCUAAAACUGGGGAGAGUGGAAAAUACUCUGGAAAGUAAAUUCACCAACAAAAGCCAAAACAUUUAAGUAUACCAAAACGGUAUUUUAUAAAAGACAGUUUUAAUCUCAAUUCUUGCAUACUGAAAAUGAUCAGUAUUAAUGAUUUGCAAUCUACUAUAUAGUAAAUUUAUGUAAGUCAGUUAGAGAAAAUAUUGCACAAAUACUUCAAGCUUACCAAUAAUUUCAUAAUAUUCUUUCACAGCAUGAAUUUUGUGAAGCAGGAAAUCAAAGUAUGCCACUGAUAUUGGUUUUCUUUUGUAUUCUAGUCACACAACUUUGCCACAAAAUUUACCUCACUUCCAUAUGAGGCCUGUACAGAGCCAUCAGCCAACAACAAUAUCAAAAAGAGUUAUACUACUUUGAUUGUAAAUUAAAGCCCUCUGAAUUUCCUGGAUGCUAUUCUAUGAACACCCAGUUGUUACUGUUAGUAGGAACCAGAUGGUAGCACACUAUAGACAUCUCUUUGCAGAUCUUUCCUUCCAGAAUACCAGAUGGGAAUACUAAGAUUCGUAAAUAGGAAAAUACUAGUUUCUCCCUAAGCUCACUGUCAUAUAUUUGUGACCUGGUUUGUGGAACUAAAUUACAUGAUUGAAUUAUUAUCUAAUCCUGAAAGAUGAGUGAAGCAGCUAGAUAACUGUUCUAGUUGUCAAGCUUUAGAUGUUUUUAAGUUUUGUAACUGUGACUAAUUCUGAUCUCAGUAUUCGCUGAUACCAAUUUAGGAAUGCAGAAAGGCAGUCACAAAUGCCUUUAAUUUAGAAAUGUCCCUUCUCCCCAAUAUGUACAAGUAAAGUUCAUUGAUGGUCGUUCAGUUUAUCAACUAUUUGAUUUCACAUUGCUUCCACACAGCUUCCAUGGCUUCUUUGUCAGCAGAAAUAUCUCAGUAGUCAGCUACAUGCCCUUUAGCUGAUGGUCAUGUGGUUCUUUGCAAACAACUUUUGGUAUUCCUUGCUGACAAAUCAAAUUCCAUUCAGGGAAAAGACCAUUGAGCAACAGAACCUCAAACAUUCUGGUUAAGUUUUUCAGUCACAUAAGUUAAUCCAGGAGAUAAAGAGUCCGCCCCCCCCCCCCCCCCCGUAUACAAAAAAAUACAGAAACCAUUAUUUUGUGAUAUGGAGGAUUUAGACAAGGUCUCCUGUAGCCCAGGCCAGCCUUUAAUUCCCAAUGUAGCUGAGGAUGCUUUGAAUCCUGCUGCUCCUGCUUCCGUUUCUGAAACUCUAGGAUGACAGCUAUAUUUCACCAUUAGAUUCUUUUCAGUUUCUUUUAGCUUCACCAUUCUAUUUCUUUUCAUAUGAACAAAUUUCUGGGGUUGGAUGUGCUAUGGUUAUACUCCAUGAGUUCCUAUUGUGAGCAAAUUUCUAGUCUCAAAUCUCUACUACAGUCUUCUUCAGUAUGGUUGAGUUUGUCUUUAAACUUAAACUGCUUGAGUUUAAAACUCUUCUUAGUCGGUCGUCAUUGCAGAGUGAGUCUUUCCUAUGUGCUUUAACAAUUCAUAAUUUUAUUUUUUACACUUAAAGAUUUGUCACUAAAUAAAAGAAAACAUUCAUGGCGCUCUUACUAUAGAAAAGACACUGAAUCAGACAGUGGAUUUCUUAUCAAUCUAUGGAUUACAAAAAGAAUGAUUUCAGCUAAGUACAAUGGCACAACACUGAUACCUCACAUUGGGUAGGCUGAGAAAAGCUGGACUUCAAAAUACAAAGAAAUGUUUCCCUAUCAACCUUUUCAUGGAUAUUAAUAAAAAAUGUUCAACUAUCAGUUGUAACUGAUUUAAAAUUUUUAAUAGAUUUGAUACUUAGAAAGAAUGGUAUAUCUAUAAUUUUGGGAAGACACAUAAAUUAUACUUUUAUUCCUAAAGUUUCAUUAACCUAGAAGCUAUAUGUCCUAACAGUCCACUUAGGACUACUUUUAUCCUGGUGUUUUCCUCUCAGCCACAGAAUUAUAUCUUUUAUGAACAUAGGAAUUAAAACAUUUAAAAAUAUUAAUUGGGAUAUUCUAUGGCCGUACCCAGAGGAAAUAGUUGCAGCAGUGGAAAAAACAACCAUAUUUUGGCAGAUUGAAUACAUAACACAGACUUUGAAGAAGAUCAAGUAUUAAAAAAUACUAUUAUAAAACUGGGGAGCUAGCUUGACACUUGCACAGGGCUUCAGGUUCAAUCCCAAGUACUUCAGGAGGACAAAUAUGAAGCUACUAUAAUGGAAACAUAUUUCACAUACAUUUUUCAUGUACAUGUUUGGUUUUGAGAUUUUUUUAAAAUAAGAAAAAUGACUUUUUGACUGUUUUCAUGAAUGUAUCUGUGGAUCACAGUGAAAAUCAACUAAGUAGUAUUUCUUUCUUUAGGGCUUUGACAAUAUUAGAGCAUAUUAUACUAUCAGAAGUAUCAUUCAGAGAAGCAAAUGUAAAUGUUUUUUUUUCCUACUGAAAUGCAUUUAAAUGUUUACUUUAAGCUUAGGAUACUAAGCAAUUUGUAAGCACAUAAUGUAUAUCUGAGAGCACUUACUUUCUAAAAUGUGAGUUAAAAACAAACCCUGAAACAACAAUAACAACAAAAAGAAGGCACCUUCCUCACUCAACCAAGCUAAAAUUAGUUAGAAGAAAAUGAGAAUUGCAGUUGCCCUGGAGAAUAGGAAAAUUAACACAUGCAAAGAAAAUGUUAAAGGAAAAUUGGCCUGUUUAGAGAACCUGGGGGAUGUUUUAUUGUAAGGUCAACUAUCAACAGGACUUUUACACUGCAACUGUAAUCAGUGAUAGAAAUGUUUGUUACUAUUGGAGAUAAACGGCUCUGGCCCAGUCAUAUCCUGUGUUCAGUAUACAGUUAAUACCCAGACCUCAAAAGAUGACCAAGAGUUCAUUUUUGCAAAGACAGAAACAUCUACUUUUAAGGCCCUUAUAUUAGGCAGUCUUAUCAGUUUGUAAGAGAAGAGCUAAGUGGUAGAUAUAAACAGACACUGGAUGAUAAAAAUGACUAGCUUCCUUUGGGGGGGGGUCAGCCCCUGCUCUUAGCCUGGUUGUAAUCACCUUUGAAAGAAAUUCUAAAAUCUUUAUCUGCUGCCUUUUAUCCAUGAGGUAGUGAUAAAAUGCCAGGAAUGGUGUGACCUUAUAGUCAAUUUUCUUUUUAUUCAAAUUCCCAAAAUUAAAAAAAAGUAUUGUUCUUUGAAGAGUUACCAUUGCUGUGUAUCAAACUGAUAGUUAAUUUCUUUCUGAAGUUGUGUUAACCUUAACAGAUAUCACUGUGCCACGCCCGUCACCAAGCUAUGCUUUGUAAUACUCUAAUGAAAUAGCCUACUAACUUGUGAACCUGCAGUUGACAUAAACAAAUCUUUAUUAAGAACACAUUUGCCAAGGGGGAAAGAAAAAAGAAAUAUUUUCAUGUUGAUAUAAUUAUGAUUGUUUCAUUAAAUUGUAUACGGGGUAUAUAUUGUUCCUCAUUGAAAUUUUAUUUUGCAUUAACAUACUGAGUAAUCCCUUCUAGCAAUCCUGCAUCCCAUUUUACUGGUACUACCUCUGAAGCAUAUUAUCUCUUUAAAACCAUAUCAGAUUGUAAUGUGAAUUUUUGUAGAGUUUUUAUUUAAACUUUUAUAGAGUCAAUAA